AGUCAUCCUUAUCCAGUGUUCAGCAGCUGUUGAGGAGGGCUUCACUUGGGAUCCAUGGCUCGGUACGGGGUUGAGUUGCUGGUGGUUCUGGUUGGGACUCUGCUGCUGGUUUCAGUUCAAGGAUGGGAGCGGAUCAAUGAGACUGAGCUGCUUAGUUUGUACCAGAGAGGAGAAUGGGGUCAGACACAAAGCGUAACAGCGACUGAUGACAGCAGCAACUCUGACGCUCAUGAAGAAAUUCCCGAGGAUGCAUUUCCUGAAUUUGAAGGGGAAGCCACCGGUGAUGACUGGGCCUCUUUUGCUAACCAUGGAUUCCAGGUGGCCACAGGAGACUCUGGUCCAAGAAACUGGGCCAGUGGAAAUGAUGGCGGAUACCAGGUGGCCACAGGAGAUUCUGGUCCUAGAAACUGGGCCAGUGGAAAUGAUGGCGGAUACCAGGAGGCCACAGGAGAUUCUGGUCCGAGAAACUGGGCCAGUGGAAGUGAUGGCGGAUACCAUGUUGAGUUUGUAGAUACCCCUGAAAUAAACUGGGACAGCCGUUUUGGUGGUGAAACUGCGAUGGAAUUUGUUGAUGCCCCUCCAAGGAGCUGGACCAGCAGUAGCACUCCUCGUUCUGGUGGGCUUGAUGUGGUUUGCAGUGAUGAUGGGUUCCAAGUUAUGCUGCCGAAUGGUCUAUUGAGCGAAGUUAAAGUGUUGGGCUCAAAGGACAUGAUGUCUAUCACGGAAGCUCCUGAUUCUUGUGGUUAUGAAGUGAACUUUUUCACAAACACCUUAAGUGUACCCUUCACCGGCUGCAAUGUGAAGCAUACUGACAGCUACAGCCUGCAGCUGUUAUAUGUUGAUGAUUUUGGCCAGACACAAGUUGCUACUGUUACAUGUGAGGAAAGUCCCAAAUCUGGUUCAGGCCCGUUCCCCCGCACCAGUGGUCCAACAAAAAAGUGCAAUAACCCAACAACGCCAUCAAAAGCACAAAAUUGUGCUGUUGCGAGUGGGGAGCGGGUGCCUUGUGGUCAGUCGGGAAUGUCAUCAGCAGACUGUGAGAAGAUGGGAUGCUGUGUGGAUCCUUCUCAAUCUACCUGCUACUAUCCAAUGGAUGAGUGCACUGGAGAUCAACACUUUGUGUUCGCCAUUCGCUCCGACUCUGCAUCCAUUCCUAUAGACCCCACCAAGCUCGUUUUGCCUGCCAGUCCAAACUGUAAACCGGUCAUUGUCAAUGACAAGGUUGCCAUCUUUAAGUUCAAAGUUACAGAAUGUGGAGCCCGUGCUUAUACUGUUGGUGAGACUAAGAUCUACCUGGCUGAAGUGCAAACUAUUGUCCAAGCUCUGAACCUCAAGUAUGGUGCCAUUACCAGAAGUGAUCCGCUCAGGUUUAUGGUUGAAUGCAGAUAUGGUAAAACAGGUGGUACUCCACAGUCCCUGGCAAGUAUUGGCUACAUGGUCAAGACUCCAAGUUCCAGUUUACCGUCACAAGUCGUCUCCAAUGGUUUAUAUGGCGUUCAGCUGAGACUUGCUAAAGAUUCAACUUAUAAGAGCUACUUGGCUACCAACAGUCAGCCCCUGAAACUGCUCCUGGGCAAUCCUGUGUAUCUUGAACUGCGUCUCAAGUCUCCUAAACCAGAUGCAGUAAUUAUUGUGAACUACUGCAUUGCUUACCCUCGCUCUGCAAAUAAUGCACUGGUGCUUGUCUAUGAAGGAUGUGCCAACCCUUACGAUCCAAAUGUGUCGAUCCUUAAAGUCAGCAACCUUCCCACAAAUCGCUACCAGAGGCGCUUCGUGGUCACAGCCUUCCAAUUCAUGGAUCAAAAGACAAAUAAGUACCUUGAUGAAGAAAUCUAUUUUAUGUGCUCUUCAGAGGUUUGUAGGACUACUGAAAAGAAGUGCGAGGAACGCUGCUUUGAUGGAAAGGCACCAUGAGGAUAUGCUGCAGUCUACCUUUGAGAAGAGUUAUGUCAUGAAAGAAAAUAAAGACUUUUGUACAAUACAAUAA